UCUCCCCGCAGAUCAAGCUCCAUUUGCAUCGCCCUAGUUGGAGAUGCCCUGAGUUGAGCUUGUCGUUAACCGUUGGAUGGCAGUGGAGGUGGAUGGGAUUGGGCCCUAGCCGCCGGCCCUCUCCCUCGAGGUCGCCGCCGGCAACCUCGCUCGCGCUUGCCGCCGCCUCCCGUCGGCCGCGGGUGUGUCCCCUCCGCCAGCCUCCUCCCUCAGCUAGCAGCUUCUUGUGCCCCCACCCCAUGGACCGAAGCAGGGAGAAGGCCCCAGUUCAGUCGGGGGCCGCGGGUGCCGCGGCGCAGUUCAAUUCAACCACCGCUGUUAGCUCUUCCACCAAAUCAGUGGUACUUUCGAUGAAGAUUGGAAUUGUACAUGACUUCAACUCUUGUUUUUCGGAAAUGCUGAACUGAAUGGAAGUAUUGCACAUGGUCGUGCUAGGUGAACCAGAUAGCAAUAAAUCGGGUGUCAGGUUAUUUUAAAUUUUCAAAUCAUCUCUUCAUCGAGAUGGCAAGGCAACAGAGGCACCAGCCCUGGGGUGAGGUGGGGGAUGAAGGUAAAGGAACCAGCCAGUGAGGUGGAACGGGAGCAAUCUCUAGCAAAAAGAGGAAGAUCUUUUGAAUCGCUGAAGUAAUUUCUCUGAUCAGUGUCUGCCAUCCUGUACCAGCUGGGUCCAUCCAUUGAAAGCACGCUUUGGUAGUUGCCAGAGUAUCAGUUUCUGUUUUCCUUGUGGCAUCUGCAGACUAGUUUGCAUACAGAUGGCUGGGCCAGUGUUUGUAUUUUGCCGGUCGAUUACCAUAAAUAUACAACAGUCCUAUUUGCUUCCGGUGAUCUCGCAUUGCCUUGGAUUUCUGCCCGGCUCAACUCCUCCGCCUCUGAUAUUCUUCCUCUAGAUUGUGAAUCCUGCAGAAAGGGCUGCAGCAGGAGCUCAUGAUCCACCGGGAACUGCAAAACGCCAAUAAGAUGGGCUUCCUCACAAGUUCUUGGGUGAUGAACUUGUGUGGCAGCCCAAUAUGCUCAGACCCAGAUGUGCCCCCAUCAUGUGUUCUAAAGGAAAUGCUCGACUCCUCGGCUUGCACGAAUCAUCUAGUGGAGUUUGGCAUUGUCUUGCUUUUCCUAGUGGUCCUCGCACUCCAACUGCUUGUCAAAAUUCCUAAGAGCAGAGCAUCUGGGCAUCAGCUUGUCACACUCAGCUCACCGCUGCAUCUGGCUGCUGUAUUGUCCAAUGGAAGCUUGGGUUUGGUUUAUCUUGGGAUAGGACUAUGGAUGCUGGGAAAUAACUUCAGUCAUGAUGCUUCUGCUUACCUGCCACAUUGGUGGCUUGUAACGUUAGCUCAAGGACUGAAUUUGAUCCUUGCUAGCUUCGCUUUCAGCAUCAGUUAUCCGUUUCUUGGUGCCAUGUUUGUUCGGUUCUGGUCGGUCUUGUUGACCAUCUACGCAGCAUUCGUCUGUUGUUCUUCACUUGUUCAUAUUGUUUCAGAGAAGACGAUCACCGUCAAGGCCUGUUUAGAUCUUCUGUCCCUACCAGGUGCAAUACUCUUACUCCUUUACGGAUUUCGGCUCCACCAUGAUGAAGAGGGUGAUGGAGGACAUGGGAAUGGUUUGUACAAGCCCCUUAACACAGGGACAGAAGGUGAGGCACCUAAUUCUGAGAGUCAGGUCACUCCCUUUGCUAAAGCUGGUUAUUUCAGUGAGAUGUCGUUUUGGUGGUUGAAUCCUUUGUUGAAGAUGGGCUAUCAGAAGCCUCUUGAAGACAAAGACUUGCCACUUUUAGGCGCCACAGAUCGAGCACAGAACCAGUACAUAAUGUUCAUGGAGAAGCUGAACAGCAAAAAGCAGUCGCCCUCACACGCCACGCCAUCAAUCUUCUGGACCAUUGUUUCUUGUCACAAGCGUGCCAUCUUGGUAUCUGUUUUUUUUGCUUUGAUCAAGGUUCUCACCUUAUCUGCAGGCCCAGUACUUCUCAAGGCAUUCAUCAACGUGUCACUUGGGAAAGGGACCUAUAGAUACGAAGGAUAUGUGCUUGCUGUGACAUUGUUCGUCUGCAAAUGCUGUGAAUCGCUGUCACAGAGACAGUGGUACUUCCGCACUCGGAGAUUAGGACUGCAGGUGAGGUCAUUCCUGUCAGCAGCUAUUUAUAAGAAACAACAGAAGCUAUCAAAUGCAGCAAAAAUGAAGCACUCUUCUGGAGAAAUUAUGAAUUAUGUGACCGUCGAUGCCUAUCGGAUUGGGGAAUUCCCAUACUGGUUCCAUCAAACAUGGACAACAAGUGUUCAGCUUUGCAUAGCUCUGGCUAUUCUAUACAAUGUCGUUGGUGCUGCAGUGGUUUCAGCGAUGGUUGUCAUCAUUAUCACCGUUCUCUGCAACGCUCCAUUGGCCAAAUUGCAACACAAAUUUCAGAGUAAACUUAUGGAAGCACAAGAUGUGAGAUUGAAGGCCAUGUCUGAGUCAUUAGUUCAUAUGAAGAUCUUGAAACUUUAUGCUUGGGAAUAUCACUUCAAGAAGGUCAUCGAGGGGCUGAGGGAGGUUGAGUACAAGUGGUUGCAAGCAUUCCAGGUUGGGAGGACAUACAACAGUUUCCUGUUAUGGGCAUCGCCUGCCAUGGUUUCGGCGGCGACCUUUCUAACAUGCUAUGUUAUGAAAAUCCCUCUUGAUGCAAGCAAUGUCUUCACCUUUGUGGCUACUCUGCGUCUCGUGCAAGACCCAGUUAGUACGAUACCAGAUGUUAUUACAGUUGUGAUACAAGCUAAAGUUGCUUUCACUCGGAUAUCAAAGUUCCUUGAUGCACCUGAGCUAAACGAGCAAGUUAGGAAGAAAUACUAUGUAGGCAUUGAUUACCCUAUAGCGAUGAAUUCAUGUAGCUUCUCGUGGGAUGAGAAUUCAUCAAGACCAACUCUGAAGAAUAUCAAUCUGCUAGUCAAAGCUGGGGAAAAGAUUGCAAUCUGUGGAGAGGUAGCAUCAGGAAAGUCGACGCUAUUGGCUGCUGUACUCGGAGAGGUCCCUAAAACUGAAGGCACCAUUCAAGUAUGUGGGAAAAUAGCAUAUGUUUCCCAGACUGCAUGGAUCCAAACAGGAACUGUGCAAGACAAUAUUCUCUUUGGGUCUUUGAUGGACAAACAAAGAUACGAAGAAACACUCGUGAGGUGCUCCUUGGUGAAGGACCUUGAAAUGCUGCCAUUUGGAGACCAUACUCAAAUUGGCGAGAGAGGAGUAAAUCUUAGUGGUGGUCAGAAGCAGCGUGUCCAGCUUGCUCGUGCACUAUACCAAAAUGCAGACAUCUAUCUUCUGGAUGACCCUUUCAGUGCUGUUGAUGCCCAUACAGCAACAAGUCUCUUCAAUGAAUAUGUCAUGAGUGCUCUGUCAGACAAGACCGUUGUUUUGGUGACCCACCAAGUAGAUUUUCUACCUGUAUUUGACUCCAUUUUGCUAAUGUCAGAUGGAGAGGUUAUUCAGUCUACUUCUUAUCAAGAUCUAUUGGCAAAUUGUGAAGAAUUUAAGGACCUUGUUAAUGCUCAUAAAGAUACUAUUGGUGUUUCAGAUUUUGAUAACCACAUACCCUCUCACAGAGCUAAGGAAGUUUCAAUGAAGGAGACUCAUGGAAGCAGAUAUAUAGAGCGUGUGAAUCCAUCACCGGCAGAUCAACUGAUCAAGAAAGAGGAAAGAGAAACAGGGGAUGCAGGUGUUAAGCCUUAUAUGCUUUACUUGCGCCAGAACAAAGGUGUUCUGUAUUUCUCUUUUUUUAUGAUUUCUCACAUAAUAUUUACAUCUGGGCAAAUAGCACAGAACUCAUGGAUGGCUGCUAAUGUCCAAAAUCCUUGUGUUAGUACAUUGAAGUUAAUUUCUGUGUACAUUAUUAUCGGAGCUUGCACAAUGUUCUUCUUGCUAUCAAGAUCUCUAUCAGUCGUUGUUCUUGGGAUGCAGACAUCAAGAUCCUUAUUUUCCCAGUUACUCAAUUCAUUAUUCCAUGCACCAAUGUCCUUUUUUGAUUCUACUCCUCUAGGAAGGGUUCUUAGUAGGGUCUCUUCGGAUUUGAGUCUCGUUGACCUUGAUGUUCCAUUUACUUUCGUGUUCGCCAUUGGUGCCGGCUACAAUGCAUAUAGCAAUCUAGGGGUACUAGCUGUUGUUACAUGGGAAGUUCUUUUUGUAUCGGUGCCAAUGAUAGUUUUGGCAAUUAGGUUGCAGAGGUACUAUCUAUCCUCGGCUAAGGAACUGAUGCGGAUCAAUGGCACUACCAAGUCUGCUCUAGCGAAUCACUUAGGUGAAUCGAUUUCAGGAACUGUAACAAUAAGGGCCUUUGAGGAAGAAAAUCGUUUCUUUGCUAAAAAUUUAGAUCUGGUUGACAAGAAUGCAAGUCCAUAUUUCUAUAAUUUUGCGGCAACUGAAUGGUUGAUUCUACGUCUAGAAGUAAUGAGCGCGGCAGUUCUUUCUUUUUCUGCCUCUGUCAUGGCCAUUCUUCCUCAAGGAACAUUUAGCCCUGGUUUUGUGGGAUUGGCAUUGUCCUAUGGUCUUUCCCUGAAUACGUCAUUUGUUUUCUCUAUUCAAAACCAAUGCAUCCUUACGAGUCAAAUAAUCUCGGUGGAACGGCUGAACCAGUACAUGGACAUACAAAGUGAAGCAGCAGAAGUUGUUGAAGAAAAUCGACCGUCACCAGAUUGGCCCCAAGAUGGAAAUGUGGAGCUUAGAGAUUUGAAGAUUAGGUAUAGGAAAGAUGCCCCCCUUGUACUUAAUGGAAUCACUUGCAAGUUUGAAGGUGGAGAUAAAAUUGGUAUAGUUGGUCGAACAGGAAGUGGCAAGACAACAUUAAUUUGUGCGUUGUUUCGUCUUGUUGAACCGACUGAAGGGAAAAUAAUUAUAGACUCGGUGGACAUCAGUACGAUAGGCUUACAUGACUUGCGUUCGCAUUUGGGUAUUAUUCCGCAAGAUCCAAUACUUUUCCAGGGUACAAUAAGAUACAAUCUAGAUCCUCUUGGGCAAUUCUCAGAUCAACAAAUAUGGGAGGUUCUUGAAAAAUGUCAACUUCGUGAAGCUGUCCGGGAGAAGGAACAGGGAUUGGAUUCACAUGUUGUGGAAGAUGGGUCAAACUGGAGCAUGGGCCAAAGGCAGCUCUUCUGUUUGGGACGAGCACUUUUGAGAAGGUGCCGGAUCUUGGUUCUUGAUGAAGCCACAGCCUCUAUAGACAAUGCAACUGAUGCUUUCCUUCAAACAACGAUCCGUACGGAAUUCAAACAUUGCACUGUUAUAACAGUUGCCCAUCGUAUACCGACAGUUAUGGCCUGUGAUAUGGUACUGGCUAUGAGCGACGGGAGAGUAAUGGAGUUUGACAAACCUGCAAAGCUCAUGGAAAUGGAAGGAUCUCUCUUCUGCGAGCUGGUCAAGGAGUAUUGGUCACACACAUCGAACUCAAAUAUUUAGAAGAGACUGCAUGUUUUGUUGGUUUACUUGCUACAGCUAUAUAUAUGAAUGUGGCUUUUUUAUUGAAUAAAAAAUGUGGCAUUAUCAAAUGACAGUCAACACUCGUUAUGAUUGUAUCGUGCUUAGAAAAUUUGUUUUUCUGCACUACAAAGAUCAUUUCACAACACUUGCAUGUGCAUGUCAUUUGUGUUUUUGAAAUAAUAUUUAUUAACUGAUAUGAAAUUUA